GUCAUCAAUGUUUAAACAAUACUUGUGGCUGAGCAACAAAGAAUACCCUCCUCGAGUCUUCUAUUUCACAUUUCAAUCUACAAUGAGGGAUAUAGCUUUAACGAGGUAGGUCUUUUCAUCUGGACUAUUCGAUUUUGCAAACUAGACCCCCCCCUCCCCCCUCCCCAUCACAGCGGUUGCAGUUCAUCGUGCCCGACCAACUCGUCAAAGCCACCCAGGCCCUCCUGGACGCCGGAUUUACUCGCUGCCCCAGCGGCGAGAAGUGCAUGCAUCGCAACCCCAAGUUCAGUGUUCCUCUCGCAGACGCGUACCAUCAUCUCCGCCCUGAGAGGCCCCAUCUGGCGGUGAUUCUGUAUACCAAGUCGGCCGUGUUUUGGACAGGGCGGGAUAUCCCCCUCGGCACUCCAGUCAUUGACGACCCCGAUUUCAUGUUAACGACAGACUACCGCAUCCCGCCGGUUGACCGGCUGGGACGUCCUCUGUACCCAGUCGAUUUGUAUCCGCUCAAGAUCCUCACGGGCGCGUGCUUCCUCGAGACGGUGACUCUUCUCGCAUGUCGCGACUACAAGCAUGCCAGUGGCUUUGAUCGGGUGUGGUGGGAGUAUCUGUUCGACCUUGCCGAUGGUACGCAUCUGGCUGGAUUGAUCAAUACGGACCAUGUAGAUCCUUGUCAUCGGUGAUUUGGCGGUGCAGCAAUACCUGCCCAGCUCGCAUAAAUAUAUAUGCAUUGAGUAAUGAAGCUGAAUCAGUGCUGAUUCAGUGUUUUAUGCAAGAUGAGAUCUCUUC